AUGCCUCCAGAUUCAGACAAUUCAAUACAGGAGGAACCGAGUGUAGUAGUGGAUCAUAUUGAUCAACCAGCUGUGAAAGGAAAUGGUGUUUCGAGGUCAUCAGAAAAGAAGGUCCAGCCCACCCCUUGCCCUAAGGGAGUUAAGGUACCACCACCUUCUAGUGUAAUGCCAUCAACAGCAACUCAGCAAACUAGGAGCAGAGAUGCAAUGGGGAACAAACCAAAACGCAGUGUGUCCUGUCAGCUACAUGUAGGACAUGGUCUUCCUUCAGUUGAUUCUGUCCAAUUCCACACCUUAGUGCUUCCAAACAACCUAUCUUCUCUUGUUAGCCGUGUAGUGGACCGUUCUGUACCUUUUGGUGGGAAUGUUCUUAUUGAUGAAGAAGACUUGGCUGCUCUGAAAGCCUGUAGGUCCACAUCCGAAGGAAAGUUUCUAACGAAUUUUACCAUUGAAGGUUAUUUUGACUUGAUAGCAAAACAAGGUCGGCUUCAAGGCAAGAAGAUUGAAUACCUGGGUUGGGAAAGGUUUGAGAAAGCAGUGGGGAGAAGCCCUGCUCGAGAUGUUCUGAGGGGGAAGGCACCUCCAAUGCAGCAAGAUCUUUUGCUAGUACCAUGCAACCCAAGGGGAAGUCAACACUGGUUCUUGCUUGCGUUGGUUCCAAAGAAGCAUCAAAUUUUAGUUCUUGAUAGCUUGGCGGGAGAAUUUGUCAAGCCAACAGCUAAAUGA